AUGUCUGUUCGUAUUGAACCUUCUGAACAGUUAUUAUUUCACCGCCCUUUUACGCGUAUUUCAAAAGAAUCGUUGUUUGUUAAGAAUACAAAUGAUUUUCCAGUCAUCUUUAAAGUAAAGACAACGGCUCCUAAGCAAUACUGUGUUAGACCCAACGCUGGUAGAAUUGAGCCUAACUCUGAAAUUGAAGUACAAAUCAUUCUACAGCCUUUUAAGGAAGAACUCCCCGAUGAUUAUAAAUGUAAAGACAAGUUCUUGGUACAAACAGCUCCACUCAAUCCAUCACUUGAACAACAAGAUAUCACAAGUAUGUGGUCUCAUAUUGAAAGUUCAGAUAAACAAAGUAUGCAUCAGCACAAGAUCAAAUGUGCAUUUGGGGGACCAAAAGAGGAAGAAUCAGCAUCAACUGAAAAGUCUACUAUGGUCACUUCAGAACCAUCUACGAACGAUAAAGAAGUGGUCAAUCAAGAGACGACACCUGCUGUGGUUCCUGUUCAUAGUGACGUAAUUUCUAGCCCUACUCUUCCUGUAGUGCCACAGACAUCAUCCCUUUCACAGCCUGAGGCUACUACUACUACUACUACUACCCAUAAUGAUACUGCCACUACUGCUCCUAAGCUUUCCAUAGUACCACCUCCAGCACCAGUACAGACCACUCCAGCUGCUACAACUGCUUCUGAAGCUGUAUUAACAUCACCCACAACGGCAACCACAGCAUCUGCAACUACAGCAGUGGAGCCCCAAUUUGAUAAUAAGGUACAGGAAAGUGAAGAUAAGAAACAACUGAAAGAAGCAUUAGAAAAGAUAAAAAGACUUGAAAAAGAAAUUGAAGAACUUAAGAGAUUACAAGAUGAGGGUAUGCGUGCACGUAACAACAAUCAAACCGUGGGCGGACGAAAACUUGCAUCUACUGUACAACCCUUGGAUGCUGUUCAUCAACACUUGGCUCAAUUGGAGAGACCUCGCGCAGUAGAAGGAUAUCCACCUCAAGUCUUGAUAGGCGUGGCUAUUCUUGUCUUUCUCUUUACCUAUUUAUUCUUCUAG